AUGGACGCCUACCCUGAGGUCUACACCACAGCCCCCGUCCAGCCCAAAGAAAAGAAGCCUGGGCAACUGACCAAUGAACAGGUUAAGCAGUAUUUCAGUGAGGGAUUUGUUCUAGUGAAGGACUUCUUUACGCCAGAAGAACUCCAGCCUUGUAGAGAUGGCACCGCGGAACUUGUGGACGCUUUGGCAGAAAGGCUCUACAAGGCUGGCAAGAUCAAGAACACGUACCAGGACGCAGGGCUGUUCCAACGACUUACGCUAAUCGAGGAAGAGUUCCCUGGAACAUGCGCACUGUGGUUAAAGAAGGGCAAGAUUCACAAGGCCUAUUGUGACCUCUGGGUGAACGACCGCCUGCUGAAUGUCAUGGAGCAGCUGGUAGGACCGGAGAUAGCCGGGAAUCCGCUCUGGAACCUCCGGCCGAAGGUACCGAGCAAUGAUGAGACAACUGUGCCCUGGCACCAAGACAACUGCUACACUCUCCCGGAGUCUCUGGGUACGCUGAUUCCGGUGGCGUGGAUUCCGCUGCUAGACGCUACUGUGGAGAAUGGCUGUAUGCAGGUUGUGCGCGGGGGCCAUCGCAGGGGGGUGACAGCCGACCACGUGGGGGUGGUGGGAGGGACGUGGUACGUGGAAGUCCUGGAGGAGGAGAUGGAGAAGACACUGGGUGUUAACAUAAAGACGGACGUCGUGACUUGUGAGGUUCCUUAUGGGGGUGUUCUGUUCAUCAACAAUGCCAUCCCCCAUAGGAGCCUCCCGAACAAGACGGAUAACAUCCGUUGGAGCCUGGACCUGCGUUGGCAGCACCCUGACAAACCUAACGGGUUCUGGGGGAAGCGCAAGCCUGUUCUGAUGCGCACGGCCAAAGACCCGAUGUACGCGGUGCCACAGAGCGAAUGGGACAAGUUCUUCAACGCGGAUCGCGGGAGCGAGCUAGAGAGUAGCACUGGGCUGUCUGGUGAAGAUGUGGACGAGUUUGACACGACUCAUCACGGGCCGUGGCUGACUCGCUGGCCGAUCGUGCGCCACAAUCGCCACACCAGGGCGCUCCAGGUUCAACAGGGCGGCGUGUAGGAGGUACACGUAACACCGGGAAACAAACAGGAGAAAGAAAACAACAACACACACUGAGAAAGUCUGCUUAACAUGUCAAUUUUAGCUGCUAAGUUUCGUAAUCCCCGUAAAAAUAGGUAUCGUAGCAAGGCUACAACUAGUUCUGGCCAAUCGGCGUUGCAGUCAACAUAUUGAAUAUUUCGAUGAACCAAAACGUCAAUAAAAUGCACUUUAAGCUAAGAACAACAUCGUAGAAAGGCAACAUCAUAGACGUUGUAGGCGCAUAAACGAAUAGAUUAGGUACUGCUGAUUCACAUCCCAUUCACUAGGCAUCUUGAAAGGAAGCAUAUAAAAACAAACGAGUUGAACGUGGUAUUUCUUUACAUUGUAAAAAUGCGAGUAGUACAUAACUGCAAACAUUUAACUUGUAUUGUUAUCAUGCUAGUAGCUUUCUGACGUUUGAAAGCAAAUGCGAUUCAAGAUGGAUGCAAACGUUUUAAUAAUAAAAAAAAUUAAUUGAUUGAUUGAUUAAUUGACAAUAAUGUCAUUUGGCGUGCUUAGCCGACUUCUAAUGUGUGGUAACCAAAUGGUAAUGGUGCUGUUUAUGUCACUGGGCAGCUUUACACACAAGGCUGUUCUUAAGGGUUAAAAGUAUAAUCAACUGAGUAAAUCUGCUUUUUACAAACAGUGGCACAAUCAGUAACAACAUGUCAACAAUUUAAUUACAGCAUGAUUUACCAUGGAUCAAUUUAAGUUUGUUUCUUAUGAGUAAAGAUAAAGAUGAUCACUCUGGUUUCGGUUGUGCUUGAGUCAUCAAUUCCCUAUAAAGUAAGCCGAGCUUCUAAUGUACG